GGCCGUGACUCACGCUUCGUCCUUUCGCGCUCAUCCAAGGCUACAGUGUAGUGAACAAAAAGUGGCAAGAAAAAAGGAAAAUAAGAAAAGCAAUUAUGGCAAACCCAAAAUGCUUCUUUGAUAUUACUAUUGGUGGAAAGCCAGCCGGUAGAAUUGUCAUGGAGUUGAGAGCUGAUGUUGUACCUAAAACUGCAGAGAAUUUCCGUGCAUUGUGCACUGGGGAUAAGGGAUUUGGUUUCAAAAGCAGCAAAUUCCAUCGUGUAAUACCGGAAUUCAUGUGCCAAGGUGGUGAUUUUACAAAUCACAAUGGUACUGGUGGUAAGAGCAUCUAUGGCGAAAAAUUUGCAGACGAGAACUUCACUUUGAAGCAUACUGGACCAGGAAUCUUGUCAAUGGCAAAUGCAGGUCCUAACACAAAUGGGUCGCAGUUUUUCCUCUGCACGACAAAGACUUCAUGGUUAGAUGGCAAGCAUGUAGUGUUUGGAUCAGUGGUUGAAGGAAUGGAUGUGGUCACGGCAAUAGAAGCUGUAGGCAGUCAAAGUGGGACAACUGAGAAAGAUGUUGUAAUAGCUGAUUGUGGACAAAUUUAAAGGAAAUGAUUGUAUAACCACCUAUCUUUAUAAAAUGUUGAAACAUUUAAUGUGGUUACCAUUAAUCCUUGUCAACUGAGAUUUGAUUGAGAUUUAUUUUAAUAGUUACGCAAUAUAAUUUUUAUGCCCCUGGGAAUAUAGUAAUUGAAACAUUGGUCCGUCUGUCUGAGUUUUAUUGGUAAGUUCAAUGUCUUGCAACUUCAUCACAAGUCAUAGCUUAUAUUUUUCACAAUGACAAAACACCAUGACUCAAGUAAUUUAAAUGUGUUUACUAUUUUUGGCUAUUUUUCUGUCCAUAACUGAGUGAAUGGAUGAACAUUUUUUUGAAAAAUUGUUACUGACAAGAAUCUGAGCCGUGGGCAUUUGUGUUUAACUCUUAUUCUUCAUAUGUAUUAUCUUCUUUUAAUAUACAGUAAAAUGAACUAUAAUAUGUUCUGAUCUGGCUAUACUGAAAGUGACAUUAUGCUCAAUUUUUCAUUGUCGAGUUGAAUUGACUCAAUAUUUCAAAAGAGUGACAACCAAAACUGUGUUGGUUUGAUGUUAAACCCAACCAAAAAAAAUAUAUAUAAAAAAUUUACUUAUAAUGGUGAUUGACCAACAGUUGAUAUUGGAAAAUGUUAAGGAUAAAAUAUAAAUCUGCAUAAAACUAUUAAUUGAAUCUUACAGAUAAAGUCUGAUUGAUAUUUACAGAAAUUUGAGUCCUGUGAAUUUAUUUA